AUGUUCUUCGUCACGUUAAUGCUAAUUUUCAUAACUACAAAGAGUGGUUUCACCGUAGCCGACUUUUCGCAACCUACACAGGAUAAUUCUAUCCUUGAGCAAGGAAACGUGGUGACUGUGGAUGUUGUCGGUGAAUCAAGGUGUCCGGAUACUACUCGGUUCGUCACAAGUCAAUUAUUGCCAGCCUUCAGGAAAUUCCGUUCUCGUCUUCAGAUUAACUAUCAUCCUUAUGGGCCUACAGGGCGUACAUUUUGCUCCCAGAGUGGAAAUGGAACAGUGCUGUGUACGUGCCAGCACGGACCAGAAGAAUGUCGAAAGAACGCGUUACAAGCGUGUGUAAUUGAUGCCUUACCCAGCGCUGUAGAUUACCUGGAUAUCGUGGCAUGCAUCCAAGGUCCAUCUGGAUUCAGUGAAGCAUUCACCAAAUGCAUUGCAAAUCCUACAGUUUCUGGAAAACUGGAUCAAAAUAGAAUGUUCCAAUGCGCAAACAGUGAUGAAGGUAGAUUGUUGAUGGCUGAACAUGGUUCAGAGUCGCUCCAGUUUGGUGCAAAUAUAUACUGGGUCCCAUGGAUCGCUAUAAAUGGACUACGAAUUCCAGCCGCUGAACAACAUUUUGAGGAUGUUUUGUGUAACCAAUAUUUUGUUCCUCGACCUCCAGAGUGCCAAACCGCACAAGCCUGA